GGCUGGGCUCGGUGCUCCCUGGCUGUGCUCCCCGCUGUCCCGUCUGCACAGUACCAGGAGGGGUCAGGGCUGGGCUCGGUGCUCCCUGGCUGUGCUCCCCGCUGUCCCGGCUGCACGGUACCAGGACAGGUGGGCCCGGUCCCCACAGCUCAUUGCUCUUGUCUCCCCAGGUCUUCCUUGGAAGGUUCUGCCCGGCCAGCGAGGGGAUGGCCCCUGGGGUCCUGCGAGCUGUGGCCCUGGAGUCGGUGACCUUCAAGGACGUGGCCGUGGACUUCACCCCGGAGGAGUGGGGGCAGCUGGGCCCUUCUCAGAGGGAGCUGUACAGGGAGGUCAUGCUGGAGAACUACAGGAACCUGCUGUCCCUGGGGCUUCCGGUUCCCAGACCAGACGUGGUCUCCCAGCUGGAGCAAGGAGAUGGCCCGGGGACGCUGGAGAGAGAAGGGCCAGGAGGCUCCUGUCCAGGUGAGUGAGCCGAGAGCAGACCCGGGGCCGGGGGGGGG